AUGGCGACACCUACACUGAAAGUCAACAUUCCAGUCCCCGCCCCCGGGGGGUCCGCUUCCUUCGUUCAAGCUUUGAAAGUUUGUAUUGCGGCUGCAGCUUACGGCGUUCCUGUUCAAUACUCCAAGGCCGCAGGUCAGACAAGUGUCAGUGUCGAAUCUCCCAAAGACAACAAAGUCUUGAUUGAAGCAAAUGCUAUUGUCCGCUACUUUUCCGCUAUUGGAUUAAACCCAUGGCCAAAAUCUGGCGAAGAAGCGCUAAAGGACUAUGCGUUGAUUGAGUUCGAAGAGUCCAGACAGCAGCUGAAUCUGGAUGUAGCGGAGAGCAUUAUUUCAAGCGCCAAAUUUGGCCAGGACGGCACCACAGCGCCCAGCCCAGCUGAAAUCAUCCUUUUCUCCACACUUUAUGACCUGGUGGCAACGGCAACUCUAACUAAAGAUUCGGUUCUCUCAGCCUGGUUUGUCAAAGUAAUUGGAAGCUCAUGGGCAAAAGCUGGGAUUGAACUAGCAGCAGCAAACACUGCCGACAAGCCCGUGACCAUCAGCAAAGGGGCUCCGGGAAUAGAGGAAAAGGCAGAAAGGGUAUUCGUUAAAUUGAUAAAAGAGGGUGUGCAAAUGAAGGUUGCUAGUCCGGGUGAAGCUAUACUUCCGGUACCUGGCCAGAGGAACGUACUUAUCACAUCAGCGCUGCCAUAUGUCAAUAAUGUACCGCAUCUUGGAAACAUCAUUGGGAGUGUUCUUAGUGCGGAUGUCUUCUCAAGAUAUGCCAAGGCUCGCAAUUAUAAUACUCUUUAUAUUUGCGGAACAGAUGAGUAUGGAACUGCGACCGAAACCAAGGCUCUCGAGGAAGGCUGCACCCCUAAGGAAUUAUGUGACAAAUACAAUGCACUUCACGCCGAGAUUUACAAAUGGUUUGAUAUCGGAUUUGACUACUUUGGCCGAACGACUACCAACUCUCAAACUGAGAUUGCACAGGAGAUCUUUAUGGACCUCCACAAGAGCGGCUUUUUGGUUGAGGAGUCUAUGACUCAGCUCUUUUGCGAAAAGCAUCAGGGAUUCUUGGCGGACCGUUUCGUGGAGGGUAUUUGCCCUAAGUGCGGUUAUGAGGACGCUAGAGGAGACCAGUGUGAUACAUGUGGACAGCUGCUGGAUCCUUUCGAACUUAUCAAGCCGAGAUGUAAGCUUGAUGGUACCAGUCCAAUCCCCCGAGACUCAACCCAUAUCUUCAUCGACCUUGAGAAACUUCAGCCAGAGAUUGAGGCAUGGUCAAAAAAGGCAGCCGAAGAGGGGCAGUGGUCCAAGAAUGGCCGGAUUAUUACAGAAUCUUGGCUUAAGCAGGGGCUUACAAAACGUUGCAUUACCCGCGAUCUGAAAUGGGGAACUCCGGUGCCUUUGUCAGGCUUUGAGGACAAAGUCAUGUACGUGUGGUUUGACGCAUGUAUCGGAUAUGUCUCAAUCACUGCGGAAUACACAAAAGAGUGGAAGAGAUGGUGGAAAGAUGCGGAUAAUGUGAAGCUAUAUCAGUUUAUGGGCAAAGACAAUGUUCCUUUCCAUACUGUUGUUUUCCCUGGGAGUCAGCUAGGAACCAAGAAUGGCGAUUGGACCAUGUUGCACCAUAUCAGUACCACUGAGUACCUCCAGUAUGAGGGUGGGAAAUUCUCCAAGAGUAGAGGUGUGGGUGUGUUUGGUAACAACGCACAGGACACCGGGGUGCCACCAAGUGUUUGGCGCUAUUAUCUUCUCUCUUCUCGCCCCGAGACGGGUGAUACUCAAUUCGUCUGGAAGGAUUUUGCCACAAAGAACAAUUCCGAGUUGCUUGCUAACCUGGGAAACUUUGUCAACCGUUUGAUCAAGUUUGUUAACGCAAAAUAUUCUGGUGUGGUUCCCGAUUACACCAAAGGCAUUAAUGACCCAGCCUUCGAUCAAUAUAAAGAAUCUGUCAACGCCCUCCUGAAAGGUUAUAUUGAAGACCUCGAGGGCGUGCAUUUGAGAGCUGGGCUUGAAAAGGCCAUGGCAAUCUCUGGCGAAGGCAAUCGUUUCCUCCAGGACAACAAACUAGACAACAGUCUUUUCGCCAACUUCCCCGAAAAGGCUGCUGCAGUUGUAGGGUUCGGAUUGAACCUGAUUUAUCUCAUUUCAGCAGUUAUAUACCCUUAUAUGCCUGCCACUACUUUGUCGAUCAUCAAUCAGCUCAAUGCUCCGCUCCGUGCUAUUCCCGAUACGUGGGAAGCUGGAGAUUUGCUUCCUGGUCAUGUCAUAGGAAAGGCAGUCUACUUGUUUUCCAGAAUCGAGGAGAAACAGGAAGAGGCUUGGAAGUCUAGAUAUGGGGGUAAGCAGGAGAAGCUAGCUGAUGCGGAUGCAAAGAAAGAGAAGAAGAAGGGAAAGAAGGCAGCGAAACAACAUGAGCAAAAGAAAAAGGAGGAAGGAAAGUCCACAACUGUGGAGGUUAGGGGUACACCCAAUCCUACUGCCGCUUAG